UUCUGCCUUCCUAUCUUUCAUUCAAUCCUGUGUUUAGGCUGGAGCUAUCUCAUUCCCACCACGGCACCACCUCUCCAACAACUCAUCUGCGUUUCAUCCCAUUUUCGAGAAGUUAUUUUGCGUUCAUUUCUAUGUUCGACACAAAUUUAUACGCUUAUAUUUAACACCCAAAUUCCCAAAUCUCGUCCUUUUCCAUUUUCGACACAAUUUUACGUUUAUAUUUGGCACCCAAAAUUUCAAAUCGUGCAUUUGUUCAUUUUCAAACAGUGCCAAAAUUAGACCAGACAAAUCACGGCCGCCCCCAACCUCAGUACAGUACAUAACCUCAGAAAAGGGAAUCAAUCAACCCACCCAUCGAUAAAAGCCGCCCCAAAACGGGCAACACCUCGACGGCGCCAUCGCCACCAUCACCCACCUCCUCUCCUCCCCUUCCCUUCCCCGCGAGCUCCAACGCCCACAAACCCUCACCCUCCCGCAAAAACCCUAAUCCCACCUCCUCCUCCUCCCCCCAUGGCGGCCAAGGCGGCGGCGCUCUCCUCCUCCCCGUUCGUCUCCUCCCGCCGCCUCUCCUCCCCCGCGGCGUCUCUCCGCGCCCGCACGCCGAGGUGCGUGAUGGGGAGCGAGCAGGUGAGGGUGGUGGUGGAGGAGGAAGGGAAGACGAAGAAGAGGAUGGGGGUGGCGGAGCCGAGGAGCGCGCCCCCCGCGGUGUGGACGCCGCGGGCGCCCGCGCAGGAGGCGAGGCUCGCCGCGCUGCGCACCGAUGGGCGGGAUUCCAGGUUGAAGAUCUUCUCCGGCACGGCCAAUCGCCCCCUCGCGCAGGAAAUUGCUUCUUACUUGGGUGUAGACCUGGGUAAGGUCCUCAUCAAGCGUUUUGCCGAUGGGGAAAUCUACGUGCAGCUGCAGGAGAGUGUGAGGGGUUGCGAUGUGUUCUUGGUGCAGCCCACCUGCUCCCCUGUUAAUGAAAACCUUAUGGAGCUUUUUGUCAUGAUCGACGCAUGUCGGCGGGCGUCGGCGAGGUCUAUUACUGUUGUCAUUCCAUACUUUGGGUAUGCCAGAGCUGACAGAAAGGCUCAAGGACGUGAGGCCAUUACUGCCAAACUUUCUGCUAAUUUACUUACAGAAGCUGGGAGUGAUCGUGUAAUUGUAUGUGAUAUUCAUUCCACUCAAGCAUUGGGAUACUUCGAUAUUCCUGUGGAUCAUAUACAUGGACAGCCUGUGAUUCUGGAUUACCUUGCCAGUAAGACAAUAUCUAAGGAUCUUGUGGUGGUUUCUCCUGAUGUGGGUGGUGUUGUCAGAGCACGUGCAUUUGCUAAGAAAUUAUCUGAUGCCCCUUUAGCUAUCGUUGAUAAGAGAAGACAGGGUCACAACAUGUCAGAGGUCAUGCACUUAAUUGGUGAUGUGAAGGGUAAGGUCGCCAUCAUGGUUGAUGAUAUGAUAGACACAGCAGGAACAAUUACUAGUGCAGCUGCUUUGUUAAAACAGGAGGGAGCAGAGGCUGUCUAUGCUUGUAGCACACAUGCUGUCUUCAGCACUGUCUUUGCAGCCCUCCUGCGAUUGAAAGGCUCUCUGGAGGCAUCUUUGAGGAAGUUAUUGUGACAAACUCCAUUCUGCUGCCAGAGCACAAAUGCUUCCCCCAGUUGACAGUGCUCUCAAUGGCGAACCUUGUGGCAGAAACAAUCUGGCAUGUUCAUCGCGAUGGCUCUGUGAGCAGCAUAUUUCAAUAGCGGCGGAUGCUAUGGCUACCGCGAUGCCACAUUUGUGUGGUGUGGAGAAGGCACCUGAUGGUUGUGCCCAUCUGCGUAGGAAUCAAUUUUGGUGACAAGACUAAAUAAGGUUGUAGUGCCGUGUAGGCAUCACACAUGUAUCGUGUGAUCAAUUUUGUUCUUGCACCCACUAAAUAGUGUUUUCCUGUUAACUCGACGCAGGAUAUCCAUUGUAUCAAGUAUAAGAGAAUCAGUCUCGUGCAGUUCUUUCAUCCUUUAGCAACUGUUGAGGGACAAGGAAAAGAUUUGUGCUGUUCACUGAUAUAUUGGAAGUAAUGCAAAUGAUGCUUAGCUCUGACGAAGAAGUGUUGCCAGUUUUA